AUGAACCUAUAUUGGCUUACUGUAUUUGAUUUUUGCAAGCUGGGCGGGUAUUAUUGCAACCGCAAUGAGCAUGUUAAUCCGUAUGGAACUGAGCAAUCCAGGUCCAGGCGUGUUAGCAUCCGCCGGGCAAGUGUACAACGUGUUGAUUACUGCUCACGGACUUCUAAUGCUGUUCUUCGUCGUGAUGCCUGCUUUAAUGGGUGGGUUUGGUAA